CGUAGGCCACCUGCCGUGUGACUUUUCGGCCAUGGUGAGUCUCUGCUACCACAAGCUGCAGUACAGCGCUCAGGAAGUCACCAUGGAAAAUAAAAUACGAAGGCCAUUUUUGAAUGACAGGGGUGCAGAUGCAGAUCACUCCGGCCGAAUUGCCCAAGUUAACGGGUUCAGGUGGGGGUAGGUGGUUGGAUGCAGAGCUCCGGGGAAAGCCUUCCGACAGCCCAGCGCCAGGUGAGAUACAUUCAAUGCUUAAUCACCGAGCUGGGCCGACCAGGUACACACACUUUGUACAUACAUCAUAUGUAUGGGAAUCGGCAAGCGCGGCAGACCUUGGCACCGUUGACCGAUUGGCAGACCUGCCAUAUCAUGCAAGAACAGGCCGAUUUCCAAUCAGACGACCACUAGGAAAUAAACCGGUAUCUAACAACACAUACAUACUCUACAUUGAAAGUCAAACAUGCAGGAGGAAGCCAACAGGAACGACACACAAGAGUGCCAUGUUAACUUGUUUGCUUUUGCGGAACUGUGCAGAUCGGCGGGCUCUCCAUGGUUCGACUCAACGCCCAUAGCAAGCAAGCAAGCAAGCGUCGACCAGCCUGAAUUCCUUGCUGACAGGCUGUGCCCCCAAAUUACAAAACGACUUGGAGUGCUGUGUAAGGUGGCGUUAUUAUCCACACCAGGCCAGCAUGCCUGGCUCGGUUUGCGACGCUCAUUUGCUGCCACAGGGGCCAUGGAUAAUGUCGUGCAGGGAGGCUAAGCAAUGCCAAACCACUUGGAAUCGCAGCUGACGGAAACCAGCAUCUGUGUAGCCAUUGG